CCGCGAAAGGCAAUUCCUCUCGGCGGCUGCAUGCGCCUGCCAGUCACUGACGCAUCCGCCGACGUCGCUGCAUGCAUCCUACUGGCGCCGACGAAGCACCAAAAGCCAGGACGCCGUGCUUUCACCACCCUUCCGUCCACUGCCCCUGCCCCUUGUCGACUCUCGCGUCGGGGUUCUUCCCCCUCCUGCCGGCAGCAGCACCCCGAAAGGGCCCCAGCCUGUGCUGGCUGCUUCGUUUGCCAGGGAUGCUUCUUGCCCGACGCCGCGUCGCAGCGAGCCCCGCCAGAUGUCGCCCCUUGCUUCCUCGGCUGAGCCGUCCCUGGUCAUGCCAACGCCUCUACAGCUCCUCAGGGGCUGCCCCGUCCCCCCAGCCAAGCCAUGAGCCGCACGACACCCGCCCUGCCGUCCCGGGGUCCGCACAAUCCCUGCCCGACUCUAGCAGCUCGCCCUCGAGCACGGGAACCACCGCCAGCACCGUUACCUCGACUCGCUCCCGCUCGGCCCGAUCCGCCCGCACCACAGGCUCUGGGUACCCUCCGGUGGGCAUACCCCAAUGGUUCCUGGAGCGGGAUGUCACUCUGUUGCACGAAGGCCGCCACUACCGCAAAAAAGGACACUUCCACCUGUACACGGACGAGGAUAGCGCAAGGCUAUGUUGUCUGGACGGUCUCAUAAAUGGGCUAGGCAGUGGUGGGUGGUCCCAGGACGAUAUGGCCAGCGCGAUGAAAGCCCUUGAGUUCGCCGCCAAGGGCAUACGGACGGAUGAUAUGCAUGACGUCACCUCAACCGUGGACCAAUUCCAUGAUCACGUCGUUAUGAGCGCUGCCGAUGCUGUCUCUGCCGUUGCUUACUACACUCGUGACGGUGCUCUCCAGCCGCGGGAGAGCUACGUCCCGCCGCCUUUGCCGUUUAUGAGGCCCUAUCCUCUGACAAGCGAGCGUUUGCGUUUCGCCGAGCAGAAAGCUCGCGCGUCCUCUCGUAGCUUGCUGUCUGACUCUGUGCUGUUCCUGGCCGGCGAGGCCAACAUGGUCAAAGCCUUCAACACGGAGUGUGUGAGUUUCGCCAACGGCAUAAAUGGCCAGCUGCUUUCUGCCAUGACCCCCAAGUCUAGGUCAAGGCCAAGGUCAAGACAUCAACCCGGGACCGCGGAAGGGCGGGCAGGGCGGCCUAUCCCUGUGCUCGCCGUAAUGAACCAUGCGGCCCAGGCUAUCCCCAGGGCUCUGGUGGAGAGGGCGGCAAUUGUGUCCAACGCCGAUGUGAUCCACCUGGAUACGCACACGCUGGCUCACAUUGCCGGUCGCGUGCUGGGACAAGACCUCUAUGCAUACAGGGGCCCCUUCUCCACGAUGGGAUAUCGUGUUGACGAGCUCAGCGGCCGACUUGCCCCAAGAUUCACACGCCAGUCUGAGACGAUCCCGAACGCAGACGGCCCGGAAUCGGGAUCUGAUGUCGAAGCUGGCGGUGGCGUCUUCUCGGUCAGCUCGAACCAGCUGCGAACCAUGCUCCUGGGGCCCGAGCCCGCGUCGUCCCCCGCCAGGGUCGCCGACUGGGACGAUCUGAAGCUGGGCAACGCGCUGGAGCAGAUACUGAACGCGGCGGACCUGAAGCGGGCUGCGCUGCCCGAGUCGGAGUGCCCGGAACCCAAAGAUGGCGAGCCGCGUCGGCUCAUCGUCCACGUACAGGAUAUUGUCGAGCUUGCGGAGCUCGGGGAGGGCAGCCUGAUUCUCUCCAAGCUGCGCGCCGCCAUGGACAAGUUGGCCGAUGGUGGAAAGCCUAUCGUCCUGGUCGGUUCUACCGCACACGUGGCUGACACGACGUGGCACAGGCAGCUCUCGAACCUGGCCAGCCACGCCAACUGCCAUAUCCAUCCCUUUGACUGCCCCCCCUAUAACCACAGCGAUGCGUUCAAAAACCUCGAUAAGCAUGAAGUUGCACACAGAAAUCUGACCAAUCUCAUGUGCAUGCUAGAGGCCAUGCUGGGCCACGAAGUAACCAUACACUUGGGGACCGCAACCUCGUACGUUAUGGGCUUUUUCUUGGAGCGGAACCGUUUUGACUUGCAAUGGACCCAUGAUAUUGCCUCUAGAAUGUUGGUCGAGCUACCAAAGCCCCUUCCCACCUCUGGCCCUGUCAAGUUGAGCGUCUUUGAUGGGCUACUGCGCGUGCUGCAGUGGUCAAAACACGAACACGUUAUGUGGAAGGGAAAACCUGGCUAUAUAAAGGCAGCUCCUUACCCAUGGCCCUCAGUGCUGGCCAACAAGGCGAGCUCAUCCACCGGUGGCGGUUCCCACACAACGUCGCCGGAGGGUGACGGCGUGCAGGGGGCCUCAUCCAAGAACGGCAAUACCGCCGGGGACAGGGGCAGCGGUAGCGGCAUGAAACCCAAAAACAAAAAUACCAAAUACGACGAGAACGAGCAGCAGCUUCUGCCGUGCAUCGUCAAGCCGGAAACGAUCAAAACCACGUGGGACAGCGUGGUGUGCUCGCCGGAAACCAAGGACUCGCUGCAGUCCCUGACGUCGCUGGUGCUGACGCGGCCGUCGGAGUUCUCGUACGGCGUCCUGGCCACGGAGCGCAUCGCGGGGUGCCUGCUGUACGGGCCGCCCGGCACGGGCAAGACGCUGAUGGCCAGGGCCAUCGCCAAGGAGAGCGGGGCCACGAUGCUCGAGGUCAGCGCGGCCGCCGUCAACGACCGGUGGGUGGGCGCCAGCGAGCGCAACGUGCGCGCCAUCUUCUCGCUGGCGCGCAAGCUCGCGCCCGUCGUCGUGUUCCUCGACGAGGCCGACUCGCUCCUGGGCUCGCGCGAGAGCCGCAACCGCGGCGGGCACCGCGAGGUGGUGAACCAGUUCCUGCGCGAGUGGGACGGCCUGGCCGAGACGGACGCCUUCAUCAUGGUGGCGACGAACCGGCCCUACGACCUGGACGAGGCGGUGCUGCGCCGCCUGCCGCGCAAGAUCCUCGUCGACCUGCCCCUGGCGCCGCACCGGCUCGAGAUACUGCGGGUGCUGCUGCGCGACGAACGCCUCGACCCGCAGUCGGUCGACCUCGCCCGCCUCGCCGCCGACACGGAGCUGUACUCGGGCUCGGACCUCAAGCACUUGUGCGUCGCCGCCGCCUUCCACGCCGUGCGCGACGGCGUCAGGGCCCGCGACGCCAGCCCGGACCCAGCCGCCCACGUCUUCCCGGACCGCCGCCUCCUGACGGGCGACCACUUCGCCCGCGCCAUGCACGAGGUCAGCGCCAGCGUCAGCCCCGACGCCGGCUCCCUCAAGGCCAUCCGCAAGUUCGACGAGCGCUACGGCGACGGCCAGGCCAAGCGCAGGCGCCAGGCCGCCGCCGUGGGCUUCGCCGUCGCCCCCGUCGCGAAUCGCUCCGAGACGGCGCGCGUGCGCCGCGAGCUCAACGCCUGAGCGGGCUUUGGCUGUGCACGUCGAGUACUGUUGUUGCCGCUGUACACUCUGACUAGUGCGGUCGUUUGGCUCUGGUAUUGCUUUCUUUCUAAUUCUAAUCGUGACGACUUUGGCAGUCCUCAGCCUCUCUCUCUCUUGGCCGUCUCUGGGUUGGACAUGCCUCUGAUACGUGUUUAGAAUGUUGCAUAUAUACUAAAGGACCAUCGUGUAUCACAUCUGCGCGCCUUCUUGGGUAUGCAAGUGUAUAUGGCGUGCCCAAGAGCUGCCCUCUGUUCGAGAGUGGUAAAUGGCGGCAAGACUUGGAUAGCAAACAAUGAGAUAUCUCGUUGCAUGCCAGCCACCCGCCGGGAAAAUCCCAGUCUAGGAGGCUAAUUCCCCUCAUUUUUGUGGCGCAUUCGUAUACUAUGGACCGGCAUGAAGGGGCCAACGGUUUCUCAGUCGGUCAAGCACGAGGUCGGCUGGCCCGCAGAGCUGGGACAAGACAUUGCUCCUCUCGCUCAUCUCUGAGACCCGACAACGGCCCACCAGGAGACGGACGGCCAGAACAAUUAAAAAAAAAAAGCCCGUCUGCGACAGUUUGCAGGCGAGGCGCAUUCUUGGGUGGCGUCCCUUUCACUGGCCCGCUCGGACUUUGUUGCGUGCCGUUGCGGCUGCCGCUGCGGUCGGAUGGGCCUCAAAGAUGGGCACAACCAAAGGGCGAGACAUCGAGUCCUGCCCCCGUGGGUGUUAUUCCCAUGUGUGUGUGUGUGUGUGUGUGUGUGUGUGUGUAAUGGCAAGAGGAGCGAGUGUUUUAUGCGGUGUAGAUAUGAUAUCCCCCUAGAGUAAUUACAUACGGAAGCAGAUCAAUUAUACCUGGC